UUUUUCGCAUAACAUGACAGUGUUGUAGGGCGGAACUGUGUGAAGUAACUUGGGGUGGGGUUUAAUGAGCGCUUCGUAGGGUAAAACAAAUCAAUCCGGCAACCUGGAGAGAAGAAAACAGAGGCGACGCUUUGGAACUAGUCAGAUUGGACAGUUUCGGGAUGAGCACCAGUGAGGGUCUGUUCUUCUCGGCUUUGCAGCCUCACACAGCCGUGAGCACGUACGCCGUACCGAAUGACCGCGAGCUCACCGUGGACCGACAAGCGAAGGAGAAGCGCGUGCAGCAGCAGGUCCAGCAGCGCCUCGCGGAAAAAACGUCCUCAGAAUGUAGUGGAAUAUCUAUGAAGAGGUACAACAGCCAGGGGACUGGAAUUAACUCAAAGACACUUUUGUACAGUGGCAGCAGAAUACCAAACCCACGUGUGCACCAGGUUGCUGGAGACUUUUCCUCACGCUCAGCUGUGGAAAUGGGCACGCAUCGCAGAAUCAGCAUUGGCACCCCCGUGCCGGCUGUUGUGGGCCACGCAUACAAAUAUUAUGGUGACACUCAUAAUGGAGGGCACUACAUUGGCCAGGUAAAUCGAGUGGAGCAGGAAGCAAGUUUGCCAUUAAUGCAAGGGCAGCAUUCUCCCAGUGGCAACUGGGUGAAUCAGGAAGGUAUGACCUCCUCUGAGCAUCGCUCCUACUAUGGCCAUAGCCCAUUGUCCAGUGUGGCGCCUAUGAGACGCAGCCUUAGUGGUACACUAGUGCAUGAAGGUGUUGGCAGAGGAUGGAAUGAGGCAGAUCUUGCUUAUCAGUAUGCUUCAAAAGGACCAGCCCAUCGUACCCUGAUGCGAAUGAAUAACCGACAGACGCAGCACCAGAGGAUGGGCAACAGCACUAUUCAGUGGCAGCAGGCAUCUGCUGGGGGCAGCACAAUGAUGGCUGGAGGGCAGUAUCCUGGUUCAAUAAGGCGAGCGGGUUCAGUGCACAGCCUGAAGAGCGUGGGCCGAGGAGUGGACGUGUCUGAUGCAAUGGCGGAUGGCAGGGAUAUUUCUGGAGGAAUGCACAGCCUGGACAUAUCCACUGCAGUUAGUUAUCUCAGCUCAACAGAUGUUGCCUUGCAAAUGCUCGGUGCUGCCCACAUUCAGCAUCAGUGUUACCACAGCAAUGACGCCAAGGACCUGGUACGAAAUCUGAAGGGUAUACCUGCACUGGUGCAGCUAUAUAGCAGUGAGAACCAGGAAGUGCAACGGUACGCUACAGGAGCCACACGCAAUCUCAUCUAUGAGAAUAUGGAAAACAAGACAGCGUUGAUUGAGGCUGGUGGUAUCAGCAAAUUGGUCUCUGCAUUAAAAGAACCAGAUGAUGAACUUCGCAAGAAUGUUACAGGCAUUUUGUGGAACUUGUCAUCAAAGGACAGUUUGAAGGAGAAGUUGGCAAGGGAGUGCCUAGCCGAGCUGACCGAGCGUGUACUGAUCCCCCUGUCAGGAGGUGGAGAUUCUGCAGUUAUCCAGCAAAGCCAGUCUGAAACUGACAUAUUCUUCAACACUACAGGCUGCCUUAGAAACCUGAGCUCUGUGAACGGGAGGACCAGGCAGCAGAUGAGAGAGACUCGUGGCCUUGUAGACUCUCUCGUAGGAUACAUAAAGAACUCUCUGCAUGAGGGAAAGGCUGAGGACAAGGGUGUAGAGAACUGUAUGUGUGUCCUGAGAAACCUGUCCUACCAGCUGUAUUCUGAGAUCCCUAUAUCUGUGCGACAGCGUUUGGACGGUCCAACCCGAGCUCAGGGCACACAACGUAGCGACGCCAUCGGCUGCUUUACUCCACAGAGCAAGAAGACAAAGGACAGGAGGAACCACGAGCUGGCCACAUUGUCUGAGGUUGCUCGAGUACCGAAGGGGGCUGAGUGGCUUUGGCAUCCCCAGAUAGUCGGGUUGUAUAACCAAGUUCUGCAAAACUACGACUUGAGUCACACUAUCCGCGAGGCUGCAGCUGGGGCCUUACAGAACAUCACAGCAGGAGAAGGCCGGUGGGCGUCAGUGCUGAGUCGUGUAGCUCUGGAACAGGAGCGGAUGCUUCCUGUGAUUCUGGAUCAGUUGAGAACCCCAACUGACGCUGAACUGCGUUCUCUUACCGGCCUGUUGAGGAAUCUGUCACGGCACUCCAAGGACAAAGCAGAUAUGGCUACAAAAGUAGUGAAUAUCCUGGUUCCCAUUCUGCCAAGUGAUGGGCAUCAGAAAGAGCCAUCCAGCGAUGUAGUGAUCAACAUCUGUGGCACUCUUAAUAACCUGGUCAUGGCAAGUUCACUGGCUGCAAGAGAUGUGACUUAUUUUGAUGGAGUGCCUAAACUGGUUGGAAUCAAGGUGUCUCAUGACAACAGUCCAGGGAAGGUGAAGGCAUCUAAGGCCGCCUCCACGGUGCUGUGUAACAUGUUUCAUUACAGCAAGCUUCAUAAAGACUUCAAGCAGAAGGGGUUCACGAGACGAGACUUCGCUGACACCAUAUGAGUUAUUCAUGCUAAAUCCUGAGAGCCUGGACCCGCGUGAAGCUAAAAUUAACAUGACUAGCCAUGUCAUCCACCAAGCUCAGCAUCAAGGGAGACAUUCUGAGGGUGUGCCUCUAAGUUUUGGACUGAGGUUGAGUGCUUUUUGUUUUGGUGUGACUGCUGUGAAUUUCUUGGAAGACGACAUUUCUGGGAAGAUGAGUGGGUUGAAACUGGAAGGAUAUUUUUGGUUUAGCACUAUUUUCAUGUAGGGAAGAAUGAACAUUCUGGAGUGUUUCUGCUAAAAAAAAUUGUCAUGAUACAGUAUGUCUUGUAGUUUGUUUGAGUAUGUGUUUGCAUGAAUGUGUGAAUGCUUUUAUCUGUCAGUAGACAUGACUCAGUGUUGAAAUAUGCUACAUUUCUCUCCUC